AUGGAUGUGGGAAAGGCUUCCACCGAUCCGACCUUCUCUCACGUCACAAGGAGAAACAGUAUGAUUCCACACCGAGCUGAUAGUGGAGAAAGAGAUACUAACAUCAGCCUGGACAGUGAACAAGAUGCCCUUUCCACUAAGCCAACCAUCGGUCACAAAAGACGAAUUAGCCAAAUAUCUGAUGCCUCUGAUGCUAUACCAAUAUCCUCUCCUUCCGUUCCAGUGCCUCAUUCGGUUCCAAACUCUGCUCAAAUUCCCCCAGUCACCCCCGAAUUACACUCACUUCAAGCCACGCAUUCUCCAUACUUGAACACCCAACUUCUUUCACCACCAUACUGGACUAGCUUUAGAAGGGCAUCCGACCCAUCCAUUGGAUGCUCCAGUGUCCCAUAUUCCGCAGGUGACGAGUCAAGCCUCUUCUCUUCUCCAGAGUGCUCCCGAUCUCCUUCUUCCGAUAGCAGCCACGGGGCCCAUUUCCCCUUCAGCACAUCGCAUAUUACAGGUAUUGGUAUCUUUCAUGAGCCCAUGGCCGAUCCAACUAUUAUGGGAAACUCACUGUCCUAUGACUCGAGUUUCGGCGGUUUUCAAGCGGUGGGUUCUACAGUAGCACAAGCUUCACCACUGGUUACUCUCCCAGGCGACAGUGAUAGCACACGCACAGUAGGUGAUACCUCUUCCCAUCCAAAAUAUAAAAUUAUCACGUAUAAAACUUACUAA